GAUGCCCUAGCUAGGACGGUUUCUUUCUCAAUUUCCCCAUUUUCCACAGAGCAAAAACCUACUCAAAACGCAUACCAAACGCCAUGAAUCAACGCUCAAGCUUCGCUAUCUUCUUCCUCUUCUCCUUUUAGCUGUGAAACAGUGAAACCACUCCCUAUAUUUUUCCCUUUUAGCUUCUUUAGCAACUCAAAAUCGCACUAUUUCUCAUUUCUACUGCAGAUCCGCUGCAUUUCUCGCCUCGAUAUUCCUUCAAUUUUACGAUCUCGACCAGUCUUUUCCGAUUUCCGUACAAAAUCGACUUUAUCUGCUUGAUAACCCCGCAAUUUUUACAGUUUUACGUUUCGAGAAACCCUAGAUUCUGACUUUGUAUAAAUUUCUCAAUUCUUUUUUUUUGUUUCCGUAUGCCAAACACAAAUUGAUAGAUAUUUUAGUCCAAAUUGAUUUUGUGAGUAUUAAUCAGGUUUUGGUAGUUCUAUCUGUUUCAUUUUGCACAAAUUUUGGAUUUAAAUCUUGGUCGGUUUAGUUGUUAGGUUUAGGUUAGGGUUUGUUAGUCAUGAACAACAACAAUAACAACAAUAGAGGGCGGUAUCCGCCAGGGAUGGGCGCCGGUAGAGGUGCAGGUAUGAACGCGAACCCCAGUUUUCAGUCAAGGGUUCCGCAACAGCAGUAUGUUCAGAGAAAUAUGUUGCAGAAUUACCAGCAACAGCAGCAGUAUCAUCAACAUCAGCAGCAACAGCAGCAACACCAGCAGCAACAACAACAACAGCAACACCAGCAGCAGCAAAAUCAACAUCAGCAACAGCAGCAGUGGUUGAGGAGGACCCAACUACCUCCUGCAGAUUCCAGCGUUGAUGAGGUGGAAAAGACUGUGCAGUCUGAGGCUGUGGACUCGACCUCACAAGAUUGGAAGGCGAGGCUAAAGAUACCACCAGCUGAUACCCGUUACAGAACAGAGGAUGUGACGGCCACCAAAGGAAAUGAAUUUGAGGACUAUUUUCUGAAGAGGGAGCUGCUUAUGGGAAUUUAUGAGAAGGGGUUUGAAAGACCAUCACCAAUUCAGGAAGAAAGCAUUCCAAUUGCUCUUACUGGUAGUGAUAUUCUUGCUAGAGCUAAAAAUGGGACUGGAAAAACAGCAGCUUUUUGUGUCCCUGCCUUGGAAAAAAUCGACCAAGAUAAUAAUGUUAUUCAAGUUGUAAUUCUUGUUCCAACAAGGGAGUUGGCGCUUCAGACAUCACAAGUUUGUAAGGAGCUCGGGAAGCAUUUGCAAAUUCAAGUAAUGGUUACCACAGGUGGUACAAGUCUAAAAGAUGACAUCAUGCGUUUAUACCAACCAGUUCAUCUACUGGUCGGGACUCCUGGAAGAAUAUUGGAUCUUGCCAAAAAAGGCAUUUGCAUUUUGAAGGAUUGUUCAAUGCUUGUUAUGGAUGAGGCAGAUAAGCUAUUGUCUCCUGAAUUCCAACCUUCAGUGGAACAGCUGAUUCGUUUUCUUUCUCCGACCCGUCAGAUUUUGAUGUUUUCUGCAACAUUUCCUGUUACUGUCAAGGACUUUAAGGAUAGAUAUUUGCAUAAGCCUUACGUUAUCAAUCUUAUGGAUGAGCUUACUCUAAAGGGUAUCACUCAAUUUUAUGCUUUUGUUGAAGAACGACAGAAAGUCCAUUGUCUAAACACUCUUUUCUCUAAGCUUCAAAUUAAUCAAUCUAUCAUUUUCUGCAACUCAGUGAAUCGGGUAGAACUUUUGGCAAAAAAGAUCACUGAGCUUGGUUAUUCUUGUUUCUAUAUCCAUGCAAAGAUGUUGCAAGAUCAUCGCAACAGAGUGUUUCACGACUUCCGCAAUGGUGCAUGCAGAAAUCUUGUUUGUACUGAUUUAUUUACCAGGGGUAUAGACAUCCAGGCAGUUAAUGUGGUUAUCAACUUUGAUUUCCCCAAGAAUUCUGAAACUUAUCUUCACAGGGUUGGUCGAUCAGGAAGGUUUGGUCACCUUGGUUUGGCUGUGAAUUUGAUUACUUAUGAAGACCGCUUUAACUUGUAUAGGAUUGAGCAAGAACUUGGGACGGAGAUUAAGCAAAUUCCUCCACAUAUUGAUCAGGCAAUUUAUUGCCGGUAAUUUGUGGUAGAAUUCUUGUCCUAAUUCAACAAUUGCGAGUAGCAACAACGGGUAGCAAUGGGUUGAAGCUAGCUGCUCAAGAUGGAAUGUAGUUCUGCAUCGUAUGGACUACAGAAAAUUAAGUAAAUGUUGGUGGAGACUUUUAUUGCUGUAUGCAUUUAACCCGGAAUGCUUUUGUUUGUUUCUGGAUAUUUCAUAGCCUGAAACAUUAACUGGAUUAUAGAUUAGAGUUUCAAUGGUUAAAAAGUCCCAGUUGGAUGCUGGGCCCCAGCUGUGUUGUGUUGGAUUGCCAUAACAGACUGGUUUAGUAUUGUUAGUUUAGUGUUAUCGUUGUUGAAUCAAAGGCUGUACUCCGUGUCGUGGAAAGCCGUAUCUACCUCCCUUGUUCCUCUCUCUAUGUCUAGUGUUCAGUCCAUUAAUAAAGGCAAUGACUUGAAAAUA